GCGUUUUCACUGGUCCACGGUUACUUGAAAUUGGAGGUGGUCCUAUCAUCAUGUAUGUGGCAGCUGCUUGUACAAGAUUUCCAGAAAUCAUUUUUUCUGAAUAUUCGGAGCAGAGUCGUCAAUCUGUGAAAUGUUGGAUUGAAAACGACAAGCAUGCAUUUGACUGGAGUCACAGAAUCAAGUAUAUAUGCACAUUGGAAGGAAAUGGAGACAAGUGGCAAGAGCGUAGUGAAAAUCUACGAUGCUCUAUCAAAGAAAUAGUCCAUUGUGAUGUGCAUGUCGAUAAUCCAUUAGCUCCGAAUCAAUAUGAUCCAUUUGAUGCUAUUGUGACUGCACUGUGUUUGGAGGCUGCCUGUCCAGAUAAGGCUUCAUACAGUAAUGCUAUGAGAAAUGUGGCCAGUCUUCUAAAACCUGGAGGUGUGUUAUUCUUAUGUGGGGUAUUGAAUCAAUCAUUCUACGCUGUUGGCGCCAAUAAGUAUUGGACUUUAUCGAUUGAUGAAGUAUUUAUAAAAAGUGCAAUGACAGACGCCGGAUUUAUAGAUAUAGAGAGCAGUGUUAUUCCAGCACCUAAUCCUGAUGGAAACAAUGUGUCAGAUUUUGGUGGUUUGAUUUAUAUAACAGCAAAAAAAAAUGGUCAGAACACAAUAGAAAAUGAAUCAGCACACGAAUGA